AUGACGUCCACAGCCCUAAUCCCCAUCCCAAACCCCCAAACCUCCCAAAACGAGCCAGUACUAUCACCUCCAGACCCAACAACAGCCGAACCCAUGUCCGGGGAUGUAGGCAAGUCCCCCGUGCACACCGUCCAACAGUCCAAGACGAUAACCAAGAAAACAACAACCCACCACCGCAUCAAUCCCAAUCCUGUCACCUGUUACCUGCUACCUGUUACCUACCACCUCCAAACCCGGUAUAUAAGCCCGUUGGCCCUUACUCUAAUUACCUACCUACCUACCUACCUACCUACCUACCUACCACGGACGGGACGCAUGUCGAUCGUCACCACAAUCCAUGUCCUGUACUCCAUCAAGAACAAAGAAGCGGAGCGGAGGAUCGGAGAGUCGGACACGGAGGGACAAACGGACAGACGGAGGGAAAAACGGACAGACGGGGGGACGGAAAGAACCACGGAUCCAGCGAUCGAUGAUCCGGCGAUCCAAAGGAUACUUACUCAUCCGUGGAACUGGAAGGGGAUGGAUGAAGUUAAGUUAUCACCUGCCACCUGCCAUCUCCACAAAGUCAAAGACAAAGACAAUGGGUUACUUAUACUUAAGUAG